AUGCCCUACCCCAACUUAACUUCUCUGGCAUUGAACGCCAGUGAUGGUCUGGAGUCUAGUAACCUUUACCGGCCAUUUUCGGUCUUCAGUGUGCUCACCCUCACCCUCUUGGCUAUGCUGGUCAUCGCCACGUUUGUGUGGAACCUACUGGUGUUGGUGACCAUCCUGAGGGUUCGGACCUUCCACCGCGUGCCCCACAACCUGGUGGCCUCCAUGGCGAUCUCAGACGUCAUGGUUGCCGGGCUGGUGAUGCCCCUGAGCCUAGUCAGGGAGCUGUAUGGGCGGCGGUGGAUCCUGGGCCGCGCCCUGUGCCAAGUGUGGAUCUCCUGCGACGUGCUGUGCUGCACGGCCAGCAUCUGGAACGUGACCGCGAUUGCGCUGGACCGCUAUUGGUCUAUCACCCGCCACCUGGAAUACACGCUCAAGACACGCAAGCGCAUAUCCAAUGUGAUGAUUGGCCUCACCUGGCUCCUCUCCUCUGUCAUCUCCCUCUCUCCUCUCUUCGGGUGGGGAGAGACCUAUUCGGAGGAGGGCAUGGCAUGUCAGGUGAGCCAGGAGCCGUCCUACACGGUCUUCUCCACCUUCGGAGCUUUCUACCUGCCGCUCUGCGUGGUGCUUUUCGUCUACUGGAAGAUCUACAAGGCUGCCAAGUUCCGCAUCGGCUCACGGAAGACGAACACCAUCACGCCGAUGGCAGAAGUCGUAGAGGUGAAGGAGGCGGCACGUCAGCCUCAAAUGGUGUUUACCGUGCGUCACGCCACGGUGUCGUUCCAGACGGACGGUGAGACUUGGCGCGAGCAGAAGGAGAAGCGAGCCGCGCUGAUGGUGGGAAUUCUCAUCGGAGUGUUCGUGCUGUGCUGGAUCCCGUUUUUCCUCACUGAGCUCAUCAUUCCGUUGUGCUCCUGCGACAUUCCGCCCGUCUGGAAGAGCAUUUUCCUCUGGCUGGGCUACUCCAACUCCUUCUUCAACCCGCUGAUCUACACGGCAUUCAACAAGAACUACAACAAUGCCUUCAGGAACCUGUUCUCCCGACAGCGCUGA